UUGAAACUAGGAGAGACAGUGAAGAAAACUUAUUUUCGAGACUUGUCGUUUUCCUUCGGAAAGUAAUAUUCAACUUUAAAUCUGCUGCUCAAGUCUCAAUCCACGGCACAACGAUACUUUUAUUUAUUUCUGCAUCAGCUUUGGAUUGGUACCUAUUCCAGUUUUCUGUGACAUUUUCCAGCUUCGGGAACUUUUUUGUCACUUUCUAAAAAACGCAACUUUGCAGGGAUUUUUCAUUGGGUCCAUUCAUAUUUUCACGUUUUAUUUUGAGGACCCGACGGGAAUAUAAUGUCCGUUUUGCGCGUAAUGCUGGGCUUCGUUGCAGCUCUGUGCGCUAACGCGGCGCAGAGCGCGUGGGAGGAAAGCACAGUGGUACCGGUUCGGACCGAACCGUACGAAACCGAACCGACCCAUACUCAAGAGGCGCUGGAAAAGGAAUCGGAGAUGCGCGUCUAUCAGCUGGACGUCUUUGGAAAUCGUAUGGUUCUGGUGUUGGAACCUGACCAGACCUUUUUAGCUCCAGGGUUUGUCUUCCAGAUGGUCGGCAAACCGGGGUCGGAGGAAGUUGACAGCGCGGGAGACGCGCGAUGCUUUUUCUCAGGAACCGUGAAGGGCGAAGAACAAUCAGCCGCCGCGAUCAACGUGUGCGAUGGAUUGCGCGGCGGCUUUUUUGUCGGUGCUGAAGAGUACUUCAUUCAACCCCAAAACGCCAACGGAGAGGUGCGGUCUACAGAUGGAGACGUCCAUAUCAUUCGCCGAAGAAAACGGGGGACAUUGACAGAGGAGAGCGGUUCAAAGUGUGGCGUGAACGAGGAGGAGGUGCGCGUCCACGAGAAACCAGAUGCGCAAAGAUCAAAUGCAGAGCCCAACCCAGCUGGCUCUGAAGCACACCACCGAUCCCGUCGCUUUGUGUCCACUCCUCGCUUUUUGGAAAUCAUGAUUGUGGCCGACCAGUCGAUGGCAGAGUUUCAUGGUGCUGGACUCAAACCCUAUUUGCUAACCAUCAUGGCGGUGGCGUCUCGAUUGUAUCGCCACCCUGGCAUUCAUAACUCCAUCACUCUGGCCGUUGUGAAGCUGCUGGUUGUAUACGAAGAGGAACACGGUCCCCAGGUCUCCUCCAAUGCAGCUAUUAUGCUCAGGAAUUUCUGCCAGUGGCAAAAACAGCACAACCCACAGAGUGACCGUGACCCUGAGCAUUACGACACAGCGGUGCUGUUUACCAGACAGGAUCUCUGUGGCGCUCACUCUUGUGACACUCUGGGUAUGGCCGAUGUGGGCACUGUGUGUGAUCCCAAUCGAAGUUGCUCCAUUAUUGAAGAUGAUGGGCUUCAGGCAGGAUUCACAGUAGCACAUGAACUUGGUCAUGUGUUUAACAUGCCCCAUGACGACGCCCAACAGUGUGCCAGUGUUAAUGGUGACCACUGGAGUGCUCACAUGAUGGCCUCAACCUUGUCAAAUCUGAAUCAGCUACAGCCCUGGUCCCCUUGCAGUGCUCUAAUGGUCACGACCUUUCUGGAUAAUGGCCACGGUCAGUGUUUACUAGACAAGCCCCAGAGGCCACAGCAGUUACCCCAAGCUCUGCCAGGUUCCGUUUACGACGCUGACAGACAGUGCCGCCUCACAUUUGGAGAAGAGUCGCAGCACUGUCCUGACCUGAGCACCACCUGCGCUGCCCUUUGGUGCACCGUCACAACUGCAAAUGGCUUGCUGGUCUGCCAAACCAAGAAUUUCCCGUGGGCCGAUGGGACGCCUUGUGGGUCCAACAGCUACUGUAUGGCAGGCCAGUGUUUGAGCAAGAACCAGGCAGCCAGGUUUCUGACUCCAGUCAAUGGCGGAUGGGGAACCUGGGGUCCUUGGGGAGGCUGCUCACGUACCUGUGGAGGAGGUGUGCAGUACUCUUUCAGGGACUGUGACAGUCCCCUACCCAAAAACGGAGGCAAAUACUGUGAAGGGAAAAGAAUUCAGUACCGUUCUUGCCACACUGAGCCCUGCCCUGACAGCAAUGGUUUGACAUUCCGUGAGGAACAGUGUUUGGCCCACAACGACAUCUCCUCGCAAGUGUCGUUUGGCACAGGAGAAGGUGUUGAGUGGGUGCCGAAGUAUGCUGGAGUGUCUCCCAAAGACCGCUGCAAGUUGGUGUGCCGCGCUAAGGGAACUGGGUAUUUCGUCAUUCUAAAACCAAAGGUGGCUGAUGGAACACCCUGCACCCCUGACUCCACCUCAGUUUGCGUCCAAGGCCAGUGCGUGAAGGCUGGUUGUGACCGGGUCAUUGGAUCCAACAAACGUUUUGACAAGUGCGCUGUCUGCGGUGGAGAUGGUUCUACUUGCAAAAAAGUGUCUGGAUCAAUGGAACGUGCUAGACCGGGUUACCAGGACAUAGUAACAAUUCCCGCUGGAGCUACACACCUCGAUGUCAAGCAGCGCUCUAUGGGAGGCCGUCACCACGACAAUAGCUACUUGGCAGUUCGUAGACAAGAUGGCACAUACCUGCUGAAUGGCGACUACAAGCUCACUACUUUAGAAACUGACAUCCCCUUGCGAGGUGCACUGCUGAGAUACAGUGGUUCUUCUGCCCAGCUAGAGCGCCUGCGAAGCUUUGCGCCUUUACCCGAGCCUCUUACCAUCCAAGUCUUGUCAGUGGGCGACUCUCCUCGACCUAGAGUAAAAUACACCUACUUUGCUCCCCGUCCAGCUUCCGGUUCCAGCCGACAGUCUAUUAACGCUAUCAGCGAAGUAGGAGGUGCGGAAUGGACCCUGCGCGAUUGGGGACCCUGCUCGCAGACCUGCGGCGGUGGAAUCCAGAAGCGUGAUGUCAUCUGCCUCGAUUCUUAUGGCCGCCAAUCAAAAGACUGUCCGGAGGAGCUGCAACCCGUAUCGUCACAACCUUGUUUCAUGCAGAUUUGCCCGUACUGGCUACUGGGCGAGUGGUCCACUUGUUCCAAAACAUGUGGCAGGGGCUUUCGCAAACGCACAUUGCGCUGUAUAGGACACGAUGGUCGCACGUUGGGUAACGAAAGCUGCAGUUCAAAAGACAGGCCAAGGCCUCUUCUGGACUUGUGCAACCAGACACCAUGUUGAUUCAGAUUAUCCUUUAUGACAGAGACUGCAACCAAACUUAAUUCAGUGUUUUUUUUAAUUCCGCCAUCCACCACUGGGUACAGGGCACAAAGCUGGCACACUGUGUACCUGCCAUGACAGCUGUGAUGGAGGAUAAGACAGACAUCUCUGCUGCUUUGGAUGCUGAUGUCACAACUGUUUUGAGUGUGCUUGAGUGUGUAUGGUGUAUGAUGUAUGAAUCAUGAAAGAAUCUAUGAACAGCUGUAACGUUUGUCUGAGCUGGACUGGGCAAGCGCCUUUAAUUUGUUGCAAGCAAGUACAUAAGAUGGGAGGAGCUUAGUACAGAUGAGACUAUUAAGAAGAAAUUAUUUUAAGGGUUGAGAUCAGUACUUGGACUUCAUUAGUAAAGCAUCGCAAAGCGCCCUCUAGUGGGUCUUGUUACACCUCAGCUAUUAGACACACAUGCUGCUAAUCGAACACAACAGCAGGUAUUAUGCAUUUCCACAAAAGAACUCACAAUGCACAUUAGCUUUAAGUCUAGCUAGGUAUAUAGUUUCACAAUUUUGCAAAACUAACUCCGAUUUUAAGAGGGAUUACAUUUUAAAGGGGGAGGAGACCAAAGAGUUUGGGUUUUAUACCUGAGAGAGUGUUUGUGUGUGAGCGUGUGAUUCUGUCAAGAUACGGUGAGGGACUUUUCUCCUAUUACUACUUCAUAAGUAAUCCUCUCCUACCUUCUGAGAAGGUAUCUUUGUAAUGAGGUUUUUCUUUUUGUACAGAAUAGCCGAACAUUAUUUAUUUUUGUACAGUCCAUUUAAUAUAAUCUUGUUGCUUUUUUAUAAUUAUUGUGUUUCUAUUUGUUAUUAUUGUUAAAACUGAAGGAUGUAGAUUAUAUUAGAGUAUUUAUACAGUAUCUAUGAUCUUAGGUUUAUGAAUAAAGUAUCACAUUGAUUUGUGGAACGAA